GUGUAGAAGCGAGCGAGCGACCGGCGGCGGAGGAAGGCAACGACAAGGGGAGUUCUGGCCGUGUCCCGUAUUUGGAACAAGCGAGACCAGACUGCAGCUUUUCCUCCUGACGCGACACCAGCGCCCGUAUAACCUUCAGUGAAGGACCCGCUGCUUUAUUUUUUUUGACGGCUAACUUAUCGGGGCUGCUGGGGGACUCCUGAGCGAGCCGCGGUCUGGAGCCGGGGAGAAGCUCGAGAGACAUUUCUGGACGCGGAAUGGGAUUUAAAGAACAUAUCUGCCUGCGCCGAGUUGGGAGAACAAGCGGAUAAUUUUUUUCUUUCUUUUCCACUUGGAUGAAAACCGCCACACAAUUCCAAACACCGUCCGAACUGGUUGGAUUGAGUUCAGCUUGGUUAACACGUCGCGGUAUCACAUGUCAACUCCUGGAAAAAAGGGGGCGACGAUGGCAUUUAUGAGCGGAGAAAAGUAGCGUUCACGUUAGCUCGCUGGCUAGCUAACCGUGCUAACCUAGCAGGCUGCUAACUAAGCCUGUGUCGCCCUUCCAUUCCUGGAGCAGAGGAGGGGCGCUGGGGCUUUGUAGCAUUGCAGACCUGCCUUUGCAACAAAAACAUUUUUGGGUUUGCUGCAGGAAUGGAGACCCCCAGGAAUCUGCCAAAACAACUCGGGGGUAUCUGCUGAACCCGAACCCACUCGAUUGUUUCCCCGCAAGGAGAAGGACAGGAAAGUUCAGGCUAAACGCUGGGGUUUGAUCAGCAUUAGCCGCCCCGGGGCAGCCGGGGUCUCUGAGUCGCGACCACUUCUUUUCUUAUGCACUGUGUUGGGGUUAGGUCUCGUGAAAUGGGGAAGUCCUGCACGUCUUAUACGCCUCCUAGAUGCUGGAUCUCGGUAGGGAGAUCAUGAAUAGGUCGGUGUUACCUUGGAAUUAGCCCUCGGCUUGCCCUCUACUCAAAACACUAUUAUUUUUAAGACGUAUUCAAGGUGAGGGAAAACUUCUCUUCGCGGGCCCCUCUGCGCUAACUCACAGGCCCGGGAGGUGCUUGUUAACCCGGACUCUCCCAGCUUCUCCACCAUCAUUACUUCAAACCCCACCAAGCCGGAAUAAUGUCGGGAGAGGUGCGUUUGAAGAAGCUGGAGAAGCUGAUCCUGGACGGGCCACCUCAGUCCAAUGGCCAGUGUCUGAGUGUGGAGACCCUGCUGGAUAUCCUGGUGUGCCUCUACGAUGAGUGCAACAACUCCCCACUCAGGAGAGAGAAGAAUAUCCUGGAGUUUUUGGACUGGGCCAAACCCUUCACAUCCAAAGUGAAGCAGAUGCGCCUCCACAAAGAAGACUUUGAAAUCCUUAAGGUGAUUGGACGAGGAGCCUUCGGAGAGGUUGCAGUCGUAAAAGUGAAAAACACUGACAAGGUAUUCGCUAUGAAGAUUCUCAACAAGUGGGAGAUGCUGAAGCGAGCUGAGACGGCGUGUUUCCGGGAGGAGCGUGAUGUGUUGGUAAACGGAGACUGCCAGUGGAUCACCACCCUGCACUAUGCCUUCCAGGAUGACAAUAAUUUGUAUCUGGUCAUGGACUACUAUGUGGGUGGUGACCUGUUGACUCUGCUCAGUAAGUUCGAGGACCGACUGCCAGAGGAGAUGGCCAAGUUCUACCUGGCGGAGAUGGUGCUCGCCAUUGACUCAGUUCACCAGCUUCACUACGUCCACAGGGACAUUAAGCCAGACAACAUUCUUCUGGAUAUGAAUGGCCACAUCCGCCUGGCAGACUUCGGCUCCUGCCUCAAACUCAUGGAGGACGGGACGGUCCAGUCCUCCGUGGCGGUGGGGACUCCAGACUACAUCUCCCCAGAAAUCCUCCAGGCCAUGGAGGACGGGAAAGGCAAGUACGGUCCUGAGUGCGACUGGUGGUCCCUGGGCGUCUGCAUGUAUGAAAUGUUGUACGGCGAGACCCCUUUCUAUGCAGAGUCCCUGGUGGAAACCUACGGGAAGAUCAUGAACCACAAGGAGCGAUUUCAGUUCCCACAGCAGAUAUCAGAUGUGUCAGAGGACGCAAAGGAUCUGGUUCGCAGGCUCAUUUGCAGUCGAGAGCAUCGAUUGGGUCAGAAUGGCAUUGAGGACUUCAAGCAUCACCCCUUCUUCACUGGCAUCGACUGGGAAAACAUCCGCACAUGUGAGGCCCCAUAUAUCCCAGAAGUCAGCAGUCCCACCGAUACCUCCAAUUUUGACGUGGAUGACGACUGUCUAAAGAACUCGGAGACCAUGCCCCCUCCCUCUCACACUGCCUUCUCUGGCCACCACCUGCCCUUUGUGGGCUUCACUUACACAAGUAAAUGUACUCUAUCUGACCGAGGCUGCCUGCGGCAACUGGCAGUGGAGCCGGGUAGAGCAGGUCAGGAUCAGUUGGACACGGAUGUCAAGCGCGGUCUGGAAGACAGCCUGGCCACCGAGGCCUAUGAGAGGAGAAUCCGUCGGCUGGAGCAAGAGAAAGUAGAGCUGUGCCGCAAACUGCAAGAGUCGACUCAGACGGUGCAGGCACUGCAGCAUCCAACAGGCGAAGGUCCCCCGAGCGCCAACAAGGAGGUGGAGAUCAGGAGUCUGAAGAGCGAGAUCGACAUCCUCAAGAAGCAGAUUGCUGACUCGGGACAACUGGAGAAGCAGCUGGAGGAUGUGUCGUCGGCUCGCAGAGACUUGGAGGACUCAUCUAAAUACAUUAAAACCCUUGAGAAACAGAUGAGGAGCAUUACACAGGAGAGAGAUGAUAUGCACAAGGACCUUACGGAAGCCACUGAGAAGAUGAAGGGUCAGUCGAAGGACCUGAAGGAAGCUCACAGUCAGAGAAAACUGGCCAUGCAGGAAUUUUCAGAGCUCAAUGAGAGACUAACAGACCUCAGGUCGGCGAAGCAGCGUCUGGUUCGCCAGGUGCGCGAUAAGGAGGAGGAGAUGGAGAGCCACAGUCAAAAGGUGGAGGCUCUCCGCCUUGAGGUGCGAAAGGCCGAGAGGGCCAAGAAGGAGAUGGAGGCGCAGGCGGAGGAGCAGUCAGUAGAGGCUCAGAAAGAGAGGAAGCUGAGAGAGAGGAAUGAGCAGUACAGCCGACAGCUGGAGGAGGAGCUGGAAGGGCUUAAGUUGAAGCAGUCCGGUCCCCCUGCCACUCCGGGUUCAGCUGAUCAGUCCCAGGAGGUAGGACGCCUGCGGGGAGACUUGGAGAAGAAGACAGUCCUGUACGAGGAGGAGUUGACUCGUAGGGAGACGCAGCACGGCAGCGAGCUGAAGGCUCUGCGUAAGGAGCUAAGGGAUGCUGAGAGCCAGCAUCUCGCUCUGCAGAAAGAAAUCCUGAUGCUCAAAGACAAGCUGGAUAAGACUCGUCGAGAGAGCCAAAGCGAAAGGGAAGAGUUUGAGGCCGAGAACAAGCAGAAGUAUGAGAGGGAUAGAAUCCUGCUCUCUGAGGAAAACAAGAAGUUGUCCAGUGAAUUGGAUAAGCUGACAAGCAUGUUUGAGAAGGUGAGCGGCUCCAACCGACAGCUGGAGGAUGAGAUGAGGGAGCUGGCUGACAAAAAGGAGAGCGUCGCCCACUGGGAGGCUCAAAUCACAGAAAUCAUCCAAUGGGUGAGUGAUGAGAAGGAUGCUCGGGGAUACCUGCAGGCUCUGGCCACUAAGAUGACAGAAGAGCUGGAGGGACUGAGAAACACCAGCCUGGGAGCCAGAGCAACGGACAUGCCAUGGAAGAUGCGACGCUUUGCCAAGCUGGACAUGUCGGCCCGUCUGGAGCUGCAGUCAGCCUUGGAUGCUGAGAUCAGGGCCAAGCAGGGCAUCCAGGAUGAACUGAACAAAGUCAAGGCCAACAACAUGUCCUCAGAAUGUAAACUGCAGGAGGUGGAAAGUAAAAACCAGGAACUCCUGGCUGAGAUCGACCGGCUGAAAAAGGAGACAGAGGAGCUUCGACUACGAAGGGGUGUCAAGCACCAGGAUUCCCAGAAUUCCUUCUUGGCUUUUCUCAAUGCCCCCACCUCAGCGCUAGACCAAUUUGAUGACUCUUAUUCCUCAUCCUCAUCCUCUUUAAUAGAGUUUUGGGAAGACCGCUCGCCAUCCGUUGGCCCAACUAGCAAAGGCAGACGUGUGGACUCCAUGGAUAACUUCACCCCCUCCAACACUCCAUCCCGGGAAGAUGACCCCAAGUCCCACCUCAAGUCCCGUUCACGUUCACCCUCAAUGGCUAGUGAUAUGGAGCCCAUAGAGUUAAUAGACCAUCCUCCUCGUACGCCCACCAUGCGGUCAGGAGGGUAUGGCAGUAUUGGACGCUCCUCACCUAAGCCCAAAGCACAUCAGUUUGUGGUGAAGUCAUUCAGCACUCCCACUAAGUGUAACCAGUGCACUUCCCUCAUGGUGGGGCUCAUACGUCAAGGUUGUACCUGUGAAGUGUGUAACUUCUCCUGCCAUGUAACGUGUGCGGACAAGGCUCCGGCUGUGUGUCCCGUGCCCCAGGACCAGACCAAGGGCCCGCUGGGUAUUGACCCUCAGAAGGGCAUCGGGACUGCGUACGAAGGGCAUGUCAGGGUUCCCAAGCCCACCGGGGUGAAGAAGGGUUGGCAGAGGGCAAUGGCUGUGGUGUGCGACUUCAAACUGUUUCUCUACGAACUGGGAGAAGGAAAAGCAACAGUACCCAGUGUAAUCGUCAGCCAAGUCAUAGAUAUGAGGGAUGAAGAGUUUUCAGUCAGUUCUGUCCUGGCCUCUGACGUCAUCCACGCCAGCCGCAAAGACAUCCCCUGUAUAUUCAGAGUGACGGCGUCCCAACUCUCCCCCUCCAGCAGCCACAAGCCCUCCAUCUUAAUCCUGGCAGACAGCGACCAGGAGAGGAACAAAUGGGUGGGUCUCCUCAACGAGCUCCACCGCAUCCUCAAGAAGAACAAGCUCAAGGAGCGCUUCGUCUACAUCCCCAAGGAGGCUUACGACAGCACGCUGCCGCUCAUCAAGACAACACAAUCUGCUGCUAUCAUAGAUCACGAGCGUGUCGCCCUGGGCAAUGAGGAAGGCCUUUUUGUCAUCCACGUCACAAAAGAUGAAAUAAUCCGGGUGGGAGACAAUAAGAAAGUGCACCAUAUCGACCUGAUCGCCCAGGAGCAGUUGCUGGCCGUCAUCUCCGGCAGGAACCGCCAUGUGCGGCUCUUCCCCACACAGGCCCUGGAUGGCCGCGAGAUCGACUCGUACAAACUGGCCGAAACAAAAGGCUGCCAGACCAUCGUCUCCGGGCCUGUCCGCAACGGCUCGCUCACCUGCCUCUGUGUGGCCAUGAAGAGACAGAUCAUCUGCUACGAGGUGAAUAAGAGUAAAACACGUCACCGUCGGUUGCGAGAGGUGCAGGCCCCGGGGCCCAUUCAGUGGAUAGGUCUUCUCAAUGAGCGUCUCUAUGUGGGCUACACGUCCGGCUUCACCCGCUACAGUGUUCAUGGUGACAUUUCCCCGGUCAACCUUCUCCAUCACGAGGACCACACCCUGGCCUUCAUCCCGCAGCAGGGCCUGGAAGCUCUCUGUGCUGUGGAGAUCUCCAGCAAAGAGCUGCUGCUGUGCUUCAGUUCCAUUGGAGUCUAUGUGGACUCCCAGGGCCGCAGGUCGCGUCAGCAGGAGCUGAUGUGGCCGGCUGUGCCAAACUCCGCCUGCUACAACGCCCCCUACCUGUCAGUGUACAGUGAGAACGCUGUGGAUGUGUUUGACGUCAACACCAUGGAGUGGAUUCAGACCAUCCCUCUCAAGAAGGUGCGGCCUCUGAACAUUGACGGCUCCCUGAACCUGCUGGGGCUGGAGACAGUCCGACUCAUCUACUUUAGAAACAAGACGGCCGAGGGAGAUGAGCUGGUCGUCCCGGAGACGUCAGACAACAGCAGGAAGCAGAUGGUGCGCAGCAUAAACAACAAGAGACGCUUCUCCUUCAGGGUUCCUGAGGAAGAGCGACUCCAGCAGAGGAGGGAGAUGCUUCGAGACCCCGAGAUGAGGAACAAGCUGAUCUCCAACCCCACCAACUUCAACCACGUGGCCCACAUGGGACCAGGAGACGGGAUCCAGAUCCUUAAAGACCUGCCCAUGAACGUUCGUGUUCAGGAGAACCGUGCAGGUUUCAGUGGUUCCGUCAGUAUCCCCUCCAUCACCAAGAACCGUGCCGAGCCAGGCCGCUCCAUGAGCGCUAGCAGUGGACUGGGCAUCCGCUCAUCCUCUCAGAACGGCAGCGCUCUGCGUAGAGAACUGUCAGGAGGAAGCUACGGCUCCAAACGUCAGACCAUGACGUCUCCCUCGGAGAGCUCCCUGUCCUCUGGUGGAGGAAUGGACUGCGGUGACGCUCCACUCUCACAGUUUGACAGAGAGUGGCAGGCGGUCUCACCGUCGGAGAAGACCCCCGAUCUGAAAAGGGCUUUAAGGACCCUGCUUAGUAAGAUGAAGGACUCGGACUCCCCCCGUCACUCCACGGCCUCCAACAGCUCCACCUUCAGCAGCCCCCCCAGCCCGGCCUCCCCACACAAGACCAAGUCCCUGUCCCUGGAGAGCACAGACCGGAUGGGCUGGGACACAUGAGCCCCCCCUGCAGCCUGUCGCCUGCCCAUUCCCCCCCCCCCCCCAACUGACCGGCCCACAGCACAGGACUCCAGACCCUCCUCCUCCUCCUCUUCUUCUUCCUUCUCUACUUCCUCCACCGCAGCCUCUCACCUCCUCUCAGAACUCCCCCCUCCCUGCCCAGAGAACUGCAGCUCCCAGCCCCCCCUCCUCAUGAACAUUUGUCCCACUUUACGACCUCAGUAUGUCUCUCUUCCCCCCCCCCGACGCCGAGCAGAAACACUGAGACUGACGGAGGACUCAUCUGCAAACAGUGGUAGUGUACAUGUGGGUGCUGAUGUUUUGAAGGUGCGAGCGUGUGUGUGUGUGUUUGAGAGAAGCUGUAUUGCGUUUGCCAGCGUGUGUGUGUUUGCAUGUGUUUAUUCAGAAAGGGCACAUGAUAGAGGAAAGAAAAGCUCUGCUCCCAGCCCCUGUUCACAUUCAGACUCCAACGCGUCACGAUGCAACGAAAACAAAACCCUCAGAGGAGGAUCACUGUCGAGAGAACAUGAUUUGUACUUGUACAUAGGACCCUUUGGGUUUUAAGGGGACGAUAUUUUAAUUUAUUUAUCAAUCUUAGACAAGGAAAGGGAGGUUUGCUUCUUUCUGGCCUGAAGCAGACGGGCGGAGUUUAAACCCCUCCUCACAUCCCCUCAGUCGCUUUCUCUUUGGGUGCUGCGAAAAUCCAAAAGGUUAAAAAAAGAGAGAGAGAAAGAGAAAGAAAGGAUAUCAAUGAUUUUUCUUUUUUGUUCUUCUUUAUUUUGCUCAUGAAUACUAAGUGCAGUGACUUUAUAAUAUUUUUUAUUUUGACCAUCAGUAAAAAGCUACGUGCAGCCCUAAUACCGGCGGCUCGUGUGACAUCAUCACGCCUCCCACUGUGCUCCUCCUCCCUCGCACCGGUCCAGACGGAGCGACGCCAUCCAGCCGCCUCCUGGACGUGUCCUCGCCAGCGUAGCGUAGAUGUUCCACUUUGCUGUAAAACCAAACUGACCAACUCACAGGCUCCAUCACAAUAAUGUACAUAGGUUUCAAAGUAGAGAGUAAUAUAUGAUAAUGUAGAAAACUACACGGGAAAGGAAAAAAGUCCCCUUUUGACUUUUCUUUGUUUUCUUCUUUGAGUGAUUUGAGGUUGUAUUCACACACAAAAGCCAUUUUAAACAACUUUCCAGUUUUCUUUUUUUAACUUUUGAUUUUAGAUUUGUUUGUUUUUUAUCGUAUGUAUGACACGCGUUGUGUGUGUGUGUUUUUUUUUUCCCCCACUCGGUUUGCAUUUGAGUGAAGAAAAGACGAUGUAUGGAUCGACACUACUGCCCGUACUGUAGAGUGAACACGAGCAUUUAUCACACAUGUUAUCUACGCACUGAGGUGGUGUUUUCACGCAGCGGAGGCCUUGUUCUGCUCCUCCUCUGGCUGUCGGAGGGGAAGCGGCUCUGAUCAGUUAAUCGACGGUGUGUAAACGAGUGUGUUUCUAAAAUUCACUGUGGUACCCAGAAGGAGACGGUCAGUGCUUCUGUUCAGAUAUCAGCUCCAUUUUUACCAAAAAAAAAAAAAAACACUAAAAAAGGACAAAAAGAAGGGAGAGACACUUGGUGACAGGAUUUUUCUCACAGCUUCUUCUGAAGAAUGUUUCCAUGAUCUAAAAGCUACAUGUUGAUUUCAAAAUUUAAGAAAAAUGCUAAAAUAAGAAUGUAGACAGACACUGCGUCUGCACCUGGAUCUCUGUGAGUCCACAUACAAUAACCUUAGUGCUCCCUGUUGUUGUGUAGAAUGAACAGGGCUGCACCCCUGAGCCUCCCUCCAGGCAGGUUCUCCUCUGGCAGAAUGAAAAAGGCCUUUCGAAAGAGCGUUUCGAUCGGAGUGGCGGCUCCCGGCUGCAGAGUGGAGGAGCGUUCACGGCCCCAAAACCGGUUACCUCUGCUCAAUCCCCUUCACUUCACAGACACUGAAAAAACAAAAAGCAUCUCACUGGAGGAAACACUCGCAGGGCCCAAUGUGAAACCUGUCCACCAACUGCGAUGUGGUUUUAAUGUGGUAUUAUGUGUAAAAGAAGAAAGCGCUCACUGUGUUGUGACAGUGCCGAGGCCCCUUUUGUCUCAGCCGCUCUCUUCAGGAGCUGCUGAAUGCUUUUACAGUGAAGCGUCCCGGGUCGGAAUCCUCCGGUUUUAUUACGCUUGUCUCGUUUGUCAGAAAGGGAAACAAAAACUUUUAAGUACUUCGGUGCACAUUCCUGCCGAUCCUGCCCGGUUGAAACACGACAAAGUAGUUCCAAACGACCCAUUCCAAGUGUUUUAUUAAGCGAGGGACGUGUGGAGCGCCCGAGUGCGACUAAGCUGGUUUUCAUUCCGAACAAACCACCUCCUCUGAGACUUUUUUUUGUUAAGCUAGUGACUCUCCUCAGUUCCUGCUGGAGUUUGUGCGUAGAAUGUAUUCGCUGGGCGAGAGGAAACGGUUUUAUUAUCGGCCAAUAUUGUACAGAGAAGCUGAUCCCAGAUUUCCCAGUGUAGAGAGGGGGGGAAGAGAAACUCAGGAAAUGUCAGAACCAAUGAAUUAUUUUCAUUUAGAUGAGAGAAUGAGCGUGUUAGAGGAUCGACGGAUGGAUGAAGGAGUGAGUGAGGGAAUCUGGCUGUAAUGUACAGUAGAUAGGACCCAGGUGGAGACAGCAGGAAGAGAGAGAGGGUUGAAAAGUUUCAGGGGUGAAGGGCGACGGGCGGUUUGAUGGCGGACGUGCCACAGUCGUAACGUUUAAGAGGAAGAAAAUCUUCAAAAUAAAAUAAAAAAUCAAACGCCUUUGCAUUUCAGUGAGGUCUUAUCCACAGUACCUUCUAUAUUAUUUUUGCUCUUUCAUAUCAUAUUACACUUUUUUUUUUUUUUCUAGGAUUGCUUUGUAAUAAUUUGUACAGUUUUGCAUGUUAUAGAUGUAAUCAUUUUUGUUUUUCGGUUUGUUGUUUUACUUGGACUUGCUCCUUUUUGAACAGUUUGGGCGUUUUACUGAGGAUAACCCACUACAGGUGAUGUAGAUUCUUUUUUGCACAAAAAAAAAAUAUUUAAGGUGUAAGGUCAAAACAAAAAAUAAUGUAUGGAACUGGCUGCCACACUUAUGUGGACAACUCAUUAUAUUAACCUGACUCCGAUGUAUUUCAAUAAAGCGGAGGGCUGUUACAAAUACAACAGGAAA